GGAGGGGAAGUGGUCGAGCGGUCGCCUCGCAGCAUAAGUGGCUCGUCUCGGUAUCCGUCAAAGAGAGAGGCCUCGGUGAAUAGUGUGAUUGGAUGUUCCAAACGUCUGCCAACUAGAUACACGUAAAAUAUAGCUUGGCCAGUACGCAAAGGAGGACGUUCCCGAAUAGAGUCCUUUAUUUAUUUCUUUCUUGCCAGUUGGGACAAAUAAUUAUAGCGACACAUACGACACUUCAUUUAUUUUCGUUGCCCGUAUACGCUAGAAAACUGGAUAAGAUUACGGUGGUUGCUCGAAGGCCAAAGCCAAGUGGAGGAGGAUGAAGCGGCGCAAUGCGGACUGCAGCAAACUCCGACGGCCGGUAAAACGGAAUCGAAUCACCGAGGGUAUAUACGGCAGUACUUUCCUGUACCUGAAGUUCCUGGUGGUGUGGGCAUUAGUGCUACUGGCUGACUUUGUUUUGGAGUUCAGAUUUGAGUACCUCUGGCCGUUCUGGCUCUUCCUCCGGAGUGUGUACGACUCUUUUAGAUACCAGGGGCUGGCCUUCUCAGUAUUCUUUGUGUUUGUGGCGCUUACUUCGGACUUCAUUUGCCUCCUCUUCAUCCCAGUGCAAUGGCUGUUCUUUGCUGCCAGUACUUACGUGUGGGUGCAGUAUGUCUGGCACACAGAGAGAGGAGUCUGUCUACCGACUGUGUCACUAUGGAUACUCUUCGUGUACAUAGAGGCAGCCAUCAGAUUCAAAGACCUCAAGAACUUCCAUGUAGACUUGUGUCGCCCAUUUGCUGCACACUGCAUUGGCUAUCCAGUGGUGACACUGGGCUUUGGCUUUAAGAGCUAUGUAAGCUAUAAGAUGCGCCUCCGGAAGCAGAAAGAGGUGCAGAAGGAGAAUGAGUUUUACAUGCAGCUCCUUCAGCAGGCUCUGCCUCCUGAGCAACAGAUGCUCCAAAGGCAAGAACGAGAAGCAGAAGAAGCAGCAGCUAAAGGAAUAUCUGACGUAGACACACUUCCAGUUUUACAGAAUGGUGCCCCUGCCAAUAAAAAGACCUCGGCGCCUUUGCCGGAGUUAGAGUAUAGAGAAAAAGGGAAAGACGGAAAAGGUGGUGGGGAGGCUAAAAAGCAGCACAACAGCAACAGCAUCCUGCCAUCAUCAGUGGACUCUAAACUCCAAGAGAUGGAGUAUAUGGAGAACCAUGUGAACAGCAAGAGACUGACCACUGAACUCGGCAGCACAGAGAACUUGCUUAAAGAGGACAAUAAUUCCUCCUGCUCAUCCACUUCCUCCUCAUCCUCUAAAAACUACAAAAACAGCAAUGCCACAAUGCUCAACUCCUCUCCCCGUGGCCACAGUGCUACCAAUGGCAGCGUGCCAUCCUCUACGCCAUCCUCCUCUUCCACAGGGAAGAACGAGAAGAAGCACAAGUUAGCAGUGGGGAAGGGGUCCUCAAGUGGCUCCAACAGAGACCCUACAGACAACUGUAUUCCCAACAAUCAGCUAAGCAAGCCUGAAGCACUUGUUAGAUUGGAGCAGGACGUUAAGAAGUUGAAGGCAGACCUGCAGGCCAGCCGGCAGGUGGAACAGGACCUGCGCAGCCAGAUCGGCUCACUUGGCAGUGCUGAGCGCUCAAUACGUACUGAGCUGGGUCAACUCCGCCAGGAAAACGAGCUGCUGCAGAACAAGCUCCAUAAUGCUGUACAGGCAAAGCAAAAGGACAAGCAGGCUGUGGGUCAACUGGAGAAGAGGCUCAAAGCUGAGCAGGAAGCUCGUACCACUGCUGAGAAACAGCUCGCAGAUGAAAAGAAGCGCAAAAAGCUUGAGGAAGCUACGGCAGCCAGAGCAGUAGCUCUAGCUGCUGUUUCCAGAGGAGAAUGCACAGACACACUGCGACGGCGGAUCACAGAAUUAGAAACAGAGUGUAAGAAACUAAACCUGGACAACAAGCUUAAGGAAGACCAGAUCCGAGAUCUUGAUUUGAAAGUCCAGGAGCUUCAUAAAUACAAGGAGAACGAAAAAGACACAGAAGUGCUGAUGUCAGCGCUGUCAGCCAUGCAGGACAAGACCCAGCACUUGGAGAACAGCCUUAGUGCGGAGACCAGGAUCAAACUGGACCUCUUCUCUGCACUGGGAGAUGCCAAGAGGCAGCAAGAAAUCGUGCAAGGUCAGAUCCUUCAGAAAGACCAAGAAAUAAAAGAUCUGAAGCAAAAGAUAGCCGAAGUGAUGGCUGUCAUGCCCAGCAUCUCAUACACAACCGACACCAGCAGCAUGACCCCCGUGGCCCCCCACUACUCCUCCAAGUUCAUGGACACCAACCCCUCUGUCUUGGACCCCAAUGCCUCAGUUUACCAGCCACUCAAAAAGUGACCGUUUUGAUCUAUCCCUCCCUCCAUUCUCCUUAUUUUUAUUUUUUUAUUUCCCCGGCCCAGCACCUUUCUAUGUGCUCGGCAUGUCUGCAGCAGAGUGUUUUUCUUGGGUCUUUAUUUUCUCCUUGCCAGGUCAGAAGGAUGUUGUAUUGUGUGUAGUUAAAACAAAAGAUGGGGAAAAAAAAAUAAUUAAACGACACCACAUCAACUAGGAACUCUGUUUUUUUCUCAUCAGUGUUUAGUGAAACCUCACAGAUUUGGGGAUGUAUCUAGCGUACAUCGCAAGGAUGUUGCUCUCUAUUCUCACCCCCAUUAUAACUCCUGGCCACGAGUUAAACUGGAUUCCACCCAGGGAAUAUCUGCUUUCUAUUUUAUGAGUGCAACACAGAAUUCCCAUCAAACAUAUCCCAGGUCGUACCCUUCAGAUUUUUUUAAAUCUCAAGGUAGCAAGAAAAAUCAGAGGAAUGUAGUGCAAAGUGAGCACAGAUCCAUUUAGUUGUUUUUAAUUUAUUUUAAUCCACAAUCAGUCCCCUAGUAAGCAAUCAUCUCUGCUGCUAUGGAGUAUGCUGGCAAAUUGUUUUUAAGAUGUGCGAUUCUGUCUGUUUGCUCUUUUUUCAAGAUUCAAGGUGGAAAUGAGGGAAAGAUCUGUGUAAACAGAAGGCGACUAAAAUAAAAUGCAAGCACCUCCUCUUCACUUUCAAUUUAGAACCAGUCAAAUUUAAAAUAUAAAAUCAGUUUUCCAUACUGUUUCUGAAAGCAGUUCAAGUUAGAGUGCAGAAUGUUUGUCAAUAUUUCUCAUUUCUCACAAUGCCUUCCUUGAGUGAGGACAUAUUGAGUUUGAAAAUGAAUUACACAUACAGGAUUUAAUUACAUAAUUAGUUUUUAAGCAUCAAGCUAAACUGGCAAGAAUGAGAAUUUAAUCCCAUGCUGUGAAUUGGCACAAAUGUUACCUUCCGGGCUGAUUUUAUCAUUUUCUGGACCUUGUUUUACCAGAAUCUGUUGCAAACACUUAAAGGCAGUCUGUCUCUUUUACUAAAGUUAUGAUUUCAGUGUGAAAAGAAACAAAACUCCUGGUCAUCCCACCCAGUGUUUUGGCAUGUCUGUCUACUGCACAUUGGUUUCAGCCUCACCACAAAACUUAUGUACUGCUGUUGAAACAGUCAGUUUAGGUGCAGCUCACUUUUCUUUUUUACUUCCAGUUCUUGCAAUGUAGAAAACAGGUUUGAAAGGGAAAAACCUAAAAUGGAUUGUGCAAUGAGAGUUAGAGAGCUUUGAAAUGCCAAAUCUUAAUAUUAGAGUUAGACUAUUUAAUUGAUCCUCCUCUUCAGUUUGUGUGCCAAGAAUGGAAUUCUAAUUUCUCUAGUUGUACGUCCAAGAAUGUAUUGCAAUUAUAUUGGGUGACAUAUUUGUGAACAAUCACAUUGAAUAUUUCAGUUGUGCAACUAGUGGGAGUGGUGACUUGUUUGGAAUAGACUAUAGUUGCCAGCAAACGGACUCAAACAUCUGAUUUCUUCUCAUGAAUGUUACAGUAUUUGCAACAGGGUUUCAAAGCCGUUUUCCUAACUACAAAUUCUUACAAAGGGUUUGAGUCUGGUAAGGUUUCACCAUCAUCUGAAAUGGUCAUUGUUGUGUAUGUGGUUUUCACCUUCAGUAAAUGGAGUUUUUUUUGUUUUUUGGCUCGAUUGCUGUCAUUGGCUCUUAAAAAAAAGUGUUGUGAAAAUAAGUCUAGCCAGUUGGUCAACUGAUUGUUGAAAUUAUAGAAAAGUGUUUUGUUUUCUAUGCCCAGUCACUGCUCUUCCCCAUCCAGGUCUGACCUUGGCUGUGCGCUCUCGCUCUGUGAGGUUUACAAGGAAUAAAUGUUUUUUUUUUCUUGCA